AUGGACAUGCAAGCGAUUGUGAUAUAUAAGGACCUUAAGCAUCGUGCACGGCAUCUUCCAAGAGCUCCUCAUACAAAUUGGAAUUCUGAAAGAGAAAUAACACUUACACGAAUGUUUAGCACGAGUAAUACAAUAUGUCGUGAUCUACUUAGGAUGAAAAUAGGUCCAUUUCAAAGAUUAUGUGCUCGUUUGCGAACUUAUGGAUUGGUUGACAUGAGCUUUUACUUUCACAGAGUGUUACACGCUUUUCUUAGACUGUAUAGAGAUGUUGUGAUUAAUGCCACUCCUCAUAACUCACCAUACGAAAAAGAAAAUGAUGUCGUAGGAGCAAUCGAUGAGACACAUAUUGCUGUGUAUGUGCCUUUAGAGGAACAAGGUAAAUAUCGCAAUAGAAAGAAAGUGAUUUUCCAAAAUGUUUUAGUAGCUUGUACAUUUGAUAUGAAAUUUACAUACGUGCUUGCCGGUUGGGAGGGAUCCGCACACGAUGGUCAAUUGUUACGGAGUGAAAUAUUACGCCAAGGACAUAAGCUAACAAUUCAUGUUGGUAAAUAUUAUCUUGUUGACGCUGGCUUCCCAUCAGUUUCGGGUUUUCUUGCACCAUGUCGUAGGACUCGUUAUCAUCGUAGAGAAAUUGAAGGUCAACGUCCUGAAAGUAGUAAGGAGUUGUUCAAUUCUCGACAUUCAUCUCUACGUAAUGUUAUUGAGCGUACAAUUGGUUUGCUGAAAAAAAGAUUUGCAUAUUUGAGACAUCAAUCCUAUCACGACAUUGACACACAAGCAAAGAUAGUCCUUGCCUGUUAUGCCAUCCACAACUUCUUAAGGAUUGAUGACGUAGAAGAUGUUUGUAAGGAGGAUUAUGAUUUAAUCAAUUAA